GAGAGGGAGAGAGAGAGGGAAAGAGAGAGAGGUCAGCGACAUUUGCCAAAUAUUUCAGUGACAUGUCUGCCAUCAGACCUUCUCUGCCAUUGCUGUGAUGCUUAUAUUUAGACAAAAAAAAUCAUUAACAUAUGCCUAUAUAUUCAAGGAGAAAGAAGAUAAGGAUAUAGAGGACAGCCCAUAGGCUGCAACCCACCAAGCCUCUAUAAUUUUCUUAAACCCGUUUCUUUUUUUCACAUUGGCUUAUUAUUGUGUAUAGGCAGUCGCCAUUUCUGUUCUGCGUUUACUUACGCAACAGAAACCUCCGUCUGUAGUGAGUUUGCGAGGCAAGGACGAAAUUAAAGCUGGCAUUUUUGUAUUCCAUUUUUGUCUAAUCCCUCUGAUUUCUGCAGGGAUUACCAGACCAAUCAUGAUUGAGAGUCCGUCGGCUCGCUUGUCACUGCGUGGACUGAGAGCGGUAGUCAGUGCGUUUAAAAGCAAAACAUAAAGAGCAGGGAGAACAGCGGAGGAUCUUAUGUGGUUUCCUUCUUUCCCAGAGGGAAAAGUUGCUCCGUUUUCUUGCAAAUGUUCACGAGCGACGCGAGGAUGCGCACUGGACAGCUUUCAGUCGAUCGUGCCUCUGCUUACUGGAAUUAAUAAUAGAUUAUAGGCUACAUUAGCCUAUAAUGUCAUAACGCGCAUCGUAACUUUGACACGAUGAUCAAGUCUUGAAUUGUGUGUUAAAGGAGGAUAUCAUUUUUACCAACUAUUCAGGUCUAUCCAAACUAUUAUUCUGUGUUUGACCAGCCAAUGGAGGAGGAGAGGGUGUUGGAUAAUAUCCAAGGAAAGUCUCUCCCCAUCAGUUCCCCUUCACCUUCUGGAGUUCCCAGUAACUUGGCGCUCCUUUCUGGCUCUGGCCCUGAGCAUAUUGCAUCCUCACCUGCUUUGGGCACAUCAUAUCCCCCUCCCACAAGUUCUGCUGUGCAUGCACUACAGACCAAGGUGAAGGCACUCACACAGAGAAAGCCAAGGGGAAGGGAGAGAGAGAAAGAAAGAGAAAGGGUGGACACAGAAGUCCCAGUAAGCCAGUUAGUGGGGCAGCUAUCAUCUGAAGUCCUUCUGAGACAGACUGCCCGUGGGAAGGGUCAGGUCUCCCUGCCUGCCCCCUCUUGGAGAUCCGGCUCUGGGAAGAAUUCAAGCAGCAGUGAGGAGGAUGAGGAGGUAGAGGUGCAGGUCAAGUUAGAGAUCCACAGCCCUCCAGCUGAAGAAAAAGAGGAGGGGAGCCUGGGGGCAAUGGGAAAGGGGGUAGAGGGGCCAGAAAAAAGCGAUGACCCAGUCAGUUGUCUGUCAGGUCAGCCGCGCGGGCUGGGGGAGGGGGCCAGUCUGGAGAGCCUCCUGUCUGAUAAUUCAAGCAGUAGUAAACACAGUCCAUCACCUACUCUACCACCUCUUCCUUCCUUCUCCUUAACCAUCACCUCUGCCUCUACAACACCCUGCUAUUCCUCCUCUGCGUCAUCUACGUCAUCCAGACACUGGGCACCGCCAAAGGGAUUCUGGAGAGUAGCACGCCCAGAGACACUACUUCUCAACGGGGUGGGCUCUCAGAACACAGCCUCCUCACUACCUUUGAAGGACUAUACUCAGACAGCAGCAGUGGCAGAGCCUCAGAGGAAGCCUAAGCCAGCAGAGGCAGGGAGUGGGAGUGACUUAGGAAGUGCGGUGGAUGACAGAUAUACACCCUCAGAAUUCAAGCACUCAGACAGUCUGGAGUAUUACCUGGACAGGUAUGAGCAGAGGGAGUCAGAGGAGACUGAUCCAGUCAAGGGAUUGUGCAGGUCUGGCAGCUGGGAGAGCAUGUCUUCACAAAGUGGGAUGCUCUCCGCUGAUGAGAAAGUGGAGGUGAAGCAGAGAGCCUAUGCAAAGUUAAAGGACAGACGACAACAUAACAGCAAGGAAGAGAGAGAACAGAGUGGUGGAGAGUGCCUCAGCCAGUACGGAGACGAGACAUACAGAGUGGAUUGCAAAGGUGACUAUGGGGUUUUGAGCAACACCUCAGACUCAACUGUUCUCCCUCAGGAGCUUGAACCCUGUGCAAGGUCACUCUAUUUAAUUACCGAUGAGCUUCCUCUGAGCCCAAGGCAUGAGCAAGCCAAACGUCUUCUGGAGCGAGCCCGGCUGAAGGCACGUUCCAAUCACAUAAAAGGUGAUCGCCCCCCGAGACGCUCCCAUUCUGAUCAGAGGUCCAACAUUAAGAAACCACAAGUUGGGGCUCCCAAUCCCACACCAGUGCAGCCAUCUGUUGUUCAAACCAAAGAAGAUCUGACAGCUUCAUCUGUUUCUGGUCCUUUCCUCGUUCCUAACAACAGAGACACUUCCCCUAGUGACCAGGGAGGUCGCUCAAGACGGUACGGCUGCUCACCCACGCGGGUACGCUUUGAGGAUGAAUCCGAGAAAGAGGCAGAGUCUCGGUACUUGGAUAGACUGAGAGAGCGCGGCAGGCCAGGGGCCCCAAAGUCAAAGAGUAAAUCGGAAAGUACUACAGAAUCUAGCUCUGGUGGUUCAGAUAGGAGCAGAAGCCAAAGAAGUGUCUCCAUGCCUCCUUCACAGAGGCAAGAAGAUGUCAGUGUCAGCGGUGAAACUACAACUGUGAUAAAAGAGAUAAUAGUGUUGGUGAAAAAAUGUGAGGCAUGUGGUUCUAUAGUCAGGGAACCACCCACAGUCUCACUAGAACCACAAAACUCUGAGCUGCAACAGCUUGGCAAUCCUGAGGACCUGCGGGGAAAGACGGUCCCUCGCUGGGUGCCCCCAAACAAACCAGAAGUGAGUACUCGUCCUAAAGCUCCAUUAACUGUCACUUUUGCAGGUGCUUAUGUGUUGGGAGAAAAUAAAGAGAGUGGCACAGGGUGGAGAGCAUCAGGGUUUGGAAAACUGAGAAGAAGGAGCAGGAAAGGAGAAAGUCGGCUGGAGUCUGGCCAUGGCCCUUACGGUCCGUCAUGGGCUCAGCGGCGCAACUCUAAUCCCAGAAACAGGGUCAACAUGUGUAGAGCUGUUUCCUUUGCUCCUGGAAGUCCCAUAGCUCUGGGGCCUUGUUUGCUGGAGGCAUCAGGCAGCAUGAGGGAGUCACCAGCCCCAGCAUUGCCCAUAAAGUCAGCGCUGAAGUCAAGCUCAAAGAAUCGCACUGCAGCAGGUCAGUCCACAGUUCAGUUCCAGAUGACCCCAAAUCAGGGAGGUGAGGGGAGCUGCCAAGACUCCACAGAGCAACGAAGGGAGUCUCCUAUGGCCUUAAUCCAAGGGACCCCUACAACAGCCAGUUUGGUGCCCUGUAUCAGGCCCUCCACCCUUAGGUACUCCUCAGCCAGACUUACCCCGGAUCUUCCAGCUGCAGAGCUUUGGGAUGCCACUCCAGAUGGAACAGCAGGUCUGGGUGGAGACCCAAGCUCCAGUUCAGAGAGCCGUUCUGCUCUGCGCAGCCUAGCCAUGUCUCGGGCUGAAGAUCUUAGAGCAGAGCUGCUGAGGGCAGAACAUCUGAAAGCCGAGGCUAUAUGGGAGGAAAGUCUUGAUGGGUCCCGAAAGAUGACAGAGCGUGAUGUGCGGCCCAAGCUCUCUCUGCGGCGCUUCUUCUCUUCCAUUGGUCUGAACAGUGUUGGUAGGCUGGUGAAGGGUGGCCGGUCCAGCAGUAUGGAACAGCUCACUAUCCCCACACCCCCUCGUGUCAGCUCAGCCUCCCCUAGCCCCACACGCAGACCACAGCCUGCCAUCCGUAUACAAAGGACACCUUCACUGCAAACGCUGCACACGGUGCUGCCACUGGCCCAACUGCGCAAGGCAGCCUCUGUGCAAAGUUUGGAGAGAAGAACAGAGCGUUCAACUAUAUUGGGAGAGGUGCAGAUACCAUAUGGCCUGGCACCCAGCCCUGAAAGUCCUCAGCUGGAGCUUGAUAGAGCCCUGAGUGUUGAUGAUGUACUGGCCUCCAGAGUGGUCCGUCCAGUGGGUCGGGUCGCCCAGGCAUUUCCUGAUGGGACCCUCCUCCUUGAGCUCAUCAGACCUCCCAAUGUUCCCUUUGGCUUUGUGAUCUCACGGGGGAAAGGUCGACCAGACACUGGUGUAUAUGUAGAGAAGGUUGGUGACGGGUCUGGCGAGGGCCUCUACGUGGGUCUUCUGGGCGUUGGGGAUGAGAUUCUACAGGUGAAUGGCGAGGCAGUGGCUGGACUCAGUCUGGAACAAGUGACACGCCUAAUGACCCGAGAAAGCACCGCAACUCUUUGGAUCAUGCCAAACCGCCGUACCCAGCGCUGAAUGGGGACCUAAGCAUGGUACAGAGUCAUUGUUCUGGGAGCCAUGACAUUCUAAUAUUAUCACUGUAUCCACUGCUGAUGGAUCAUAGCUACACUAUGGUAGAUGAGGGAUAUAGUCAGCACAUAUUUCAGUCUCAGUUUAGUAUAGAAAGAUGUUUACACACCAACACUGCCAGAGUUUGACAAUUCCUACUGUUGAAAGCCCAUGCUAUUUGUAUGCACCCACACAUGUCUAUGAAAUCAUUCAGAAAAUUCAAACCCAAUGCAUGACUGGUCAGAGGUGUGCUUUAUGGUUUCAUGUAUAUGAAUACGGUUCAGUUUCACACAACAUUUUUUUAAUCCUCAUCCUAAAUCUACUCUAAAAAUCUCUGCUUAAGUCAGAAACUGUUUCAUUUACUAAUUUCUUCUCAAAAUAAUUGACUGUUCAAAAGAUAGUAUUUGCCAAGGUGCCUAAAUCAAAUGUCUACUUUGGCAUAACAAAAUUUGUGGCAACUAUAUAUGGUAACUUUGUUUAUUUAGUUAUUUAUUUAUGUUUAAUAUUUUUAUUUAAAUAUUUUUUAGCAGGCUCAACACCGAAGAAUAACUCUGUUUUGUUUUUGCAUUUUGUUUUUUGGGUGAUAUUCGCAUUGCCAUUUGAGAGAAGUCUCAGGACUCAGUAAAAGUGUCAUUAAUGAUAUUAGACUCAGAAUCAGAAUCAGAAUCAGAAAGAGUACUUGUCCCUGAGGAGAAAUCAGGUUUAUUUUUUUGAUAGUCAAAACACAAAGAAUAGCACACCUCAAAUGUUAAAUUAAUGGAAGUGCAGUCACUGGGAUUGUUCUGCACAUUUUGAUUAUUUCAGCUGAUUCACAAACAAAAGAGUGGGUUCACCAUUUUCUCUUUCAUACUUCCUUAUCAUUGAUCCCUGGUCCCUUAAGUUUGCGUGUGGCUGUGUCACCUAUUCCUUCAUGAUAUUGUAAAAAGUAAGAUAUAUGAAUAUACUCCUAUAUUGCCUAAAUAAAAAUGUUUUAUAUUGUUAAA